CUUCCUGCCUUUCCUCAGCUCGGCCGCCACCGACACGUCGUGCUAGGGCCCAGCGCACGCUGCGGACGCCGCCGGCAUUUCUGCUCCCGGUUGGGCCCCGGCUGCAGCCUGCUGCUGCCGGGGCCGCGGGAGGAUGCGGCGCCUGGUGCGAGUGGCGCUGCUUUGCUUGGGCUGCGGCUUGUGCUCGUUGCUCUACGCUUUCAGCCAGUUGACUUUGUCGCUGGAGCAGGAGGUGCCGCGGCGGCGAGGAGACCCUACUUUUCCAGUCGGGAGGCAGCUGAGUGGUGGAGGCGGCUGGAGGGCAGUGGCGGGAAGCGCAGGCCGCAGAGCCCGGCGAUUGCUGUUGCCGUCGGAAAGGUGUAAGAAUGUGUCUGUAUCUUACUGGAAUUCCUAUUGGAUGCUGCCCUCUGAUGUUUGUGGAAGGAACUGCUUUUGGGAAGCUGCUCGUAGAUUUGAUUCUGUGAAUUCUCUGUCUUCUGAGAAGAUGCACUUGGCAGUGGUAGCCUGUGGCGAAAGACUGGAGGAGACAGUUACUAUGUUGAAAUCAGCCAUUAUUUUCAGCAUCAAGCAUCUACAGUUUCAUAUAUUUGCAGAGGACCCUCUACAUAGAGACUUCCAAGCAAUGCUUGACGGUUUGGCAUAUCAAGGAAAAUUUAAUUAUACUUUGUAUCCCAUCUCAUUUCCAACUGAAAAUGCAGCAGAAUGGAAGAAACUAUUCAAGCCCUGUGCUUCCCAAAGACUUUUCUUGCCUUUAAUUCUCAAAGAUGUGGACUCUCUAUUGUAUGCCGAUACGGACAUAUUGUUCUUAAGACCUGUUGAUGAUAUUUGGUCUUUUUUGAAAAAGUUUAAUUCUUCUCAAAUUGCUGCAAUGGCACCAGAGCAUGAAGAGCCUCGUAUUGGAUGGUAUAAUCGCUUUGCUAGGCAUCCGUAUUAUGGAAGAACUGGAAUAAAUUCUGGAGUGAUGUUAAUGAAUAUGACCCGUAUAAGAAGAAAAUAUUUCAAGAAUGAUAUGACGACCGCACGGUUACGUUGGGAAGAAAUUCUUAUGCCGCUGCUAAAAAAAUACAAGUUGAAUAUAACAUGGGGUGAUCAGGAUCUUCUGAACAUCAUGUUUUUUCAUAAUCCAGAAAGCCUAUUUGUAUUUUCUUGCCAAUGGAACUAUCGUCCUGACCACUGCAUUUAUGGAAGCAAUUGUCAGCAAGCUGAAAAAGAAGGAAUAUUUAUCCUUCAUGGAAACAGAGGUGUUUAUCAUGAUGACAAACAACCAGCUUUUCGAGCUGUGUAUGAAGCAAUAAAAUACUAUUCAUUUGGUGAUGACCUGGUACAUUCCUUGCUGCUACCCCUUGAACUGGAGCUACAAAAGACACAGCACACUUACUGUGGAAGAAUAUAUAAAGUGUUCAUAAAGCAGCUAACAAAAAGCAUAAGGGACAUUUAUGAUAGAAAAUCUAAGGGAAGAUGAUCAUUAUAGGCUCUCCGAACUACUUAAUUAAACAACAAAGAUGUGGGAGAGUACCUGAUGCCUGAAGGAUAUUCAUGCAAGAAAUAGAAUAAUGCUCUAAUCAUUUCUUAGUCAUGUGCCCUUAUGGACAAAAUGAAGAUGCGGUGCAAGCUGAAGAAUUCUCUGCAGGGGAAAAAACUGCAGAGAAUGUUGAAAGCUCAGUUACUACAGAUUCUCACCACAGUGAAUAAAUCACUCAGUUUUGUAUUCAGGUUGUUCUACAUAACUCACUUUGUUUGUAAACCUCAAAUGGAUAAGAUAACAUGAAGGUCUUUGCACUUCAGGUAUGACUUUUCACCUUAGCCAUACCUAGGCUUUUUUUCUGGAAAAAGAGGUGUUGGAACUCUUAAGAGGGAAAUGAAGGAGAAACACACAGGAGCCCCUCAUGAACUUUUAAACAUUUUUUUGAGAAUUUUGUUUCCACAAAGCUCGGUUCUACCACGUUUCCCCCGAAAAAAAGCUCUGCCUAGUCUAAAAAUCUGCUAAACUGUGAAUGUAGCAAUAAUGGGGACAGCACUAACCUCACUUUAAAAAUGUGAGAAGAAAUUGUUUACAAAUCUCAGAAGUUAUUCUGUUUUUUAAAGAAAUGUGAUUUAAGUGUAGACAAUCUAUAUGUGCCUUUUUGUGUUUUAUAAUUUAAAGUAUUUGACAAUCAUUUUAUAUAUGUAACCUGCACAGUUAUAUCCAGGACUUCCACAUUAAAUAAGAAUAAUUAGUGGAAAUAAAUCUAUCCCCACCAUAGUUUAUGUAACACUGCCAUGAACAGGAUGAUGGGAAUUCAAAAAGUUACAUGAGUGUGCUCAAGAAGUGUUGUGCAGAGGUUAUUACUAUUUUUUCUUUGAACUGCAGGUUUCCUUGGCUUUAAUAUUCUGUCAUUUAGCAAAGCAAAUUUUCAUGCAAUUUAGGAAAACAAAUUAGAACCACAUAAGCUAUUGGUUGGUCCUUUGGUCUUGUCCAUAUCUUAACAUGAUUGAGUCAUAAUGCCAAAAUGCUCUUGCUGGAUUUUUUAAAACUGAGGUAAAAUGUGAUAUGCAUACUUCUCAGUAUAGUUUUUGUUAAAUUAUUUGUGUGUGAUGUUUAGCCAUUCUGGAAAACAUGAACUGUACCAUUACUGAUGAUGGAUAGAUAUCUGAAUCCUUAUAGUGAUAAUUUAGUGCAUUCUUAUUCAUCACAAUCAGUAUGAUAUAGGUUUAAGUAUUAAAUGGAUUAUUCUGUCA